GUUACUUAAAUCCGAACCCGUCUCUGCAACAAUAAGAACUUUUGGUUUAGAAUAAAUAAACAACUCCCAGUCCCGUCCCUUGUUUCAUUCGAUCGCAUCGAGUUUGUUUCAAUCUCAGUUUGCAAUAGAGCUGAGACAAGACGAUGGCGCCGCCGGCAGUAGGAGGAGGAGGUGAUGGCGAAGGACAGCCGCAGAGACAGCAACAAGCGGGGUUCGGCCAAACAGUGACCGGAAUAAUUAGAGUUGCCGUCUUCUGGUACUUCGCUUCCAAAUUCUUCUCUCCUAAACGACCUACCGAUCCCUCCCAGCCUCAGCUCAUCUCCACCAAUCUUUUCCAAAGAGGAGAAUACUUGGAUAUGUGGUUAUAUCUUUCUGAACAUGAAAAGUUCAAUGACUUUGGUAAUGAAGGCUCACUUAUUUGGCAUGAAACUAAUAUCCCUUAUGCCGUUUGGGGAAAAGAAAGUACCCGAACUCUUUCUACGAAGUACUAUCCAACUGAGGAUUUGAAGCACAAUGGGAGCCUCUAUGCGCAUGUUUUCUUUGCACGCUCUGGAUAUCCUCCAGACCCUAAUGAUCCUGAGUAUCAACAUGAUGCUACCUUUGGGAAGACGCAUCCCGUUGUGGUCUAUUAUCCCAAGUCAAAAGCAGAUAAAAGGAGGAGUCUGCUGGGUGACUCUGAGAAGACUGAAACAUUGAUUAAGGAUGUUGAUGAUCAUGAAGGUGAUUCUAAAGAUGAUGGUCCUGUGGAAUGGGUUUCAUAUUGGAAACCAAAUGUUACGAUUAAUUUGGUAGAUGAUUUCACACGAUACUCAUCCAAUGCUGUACCACCAAACAUUGCUCCUUACUUGAAUGUUGAACCGAGUACAGGGAAUUACUUUCCAACCAUUUUUUUCAAUGAGUUUUGGUUACUUAGAGAUAAGUUGAUCCCACUCAAUGACACAGUGACUGAAUUGCCACUUAAUCUGGAGGUGGGUCCCAUAAGCAUGACAAAGUGGCAACUAUUCCUGCAAAUUGAUCAGUCAUUUCAGGUUCAUCGUAGUUAUGGAAGCAUGAUUGAAGGCGAGGCUGAUGAACUGAAGAGGGUGUUCUUAGAAGGAAAUCCUUACCUCCUGGUGAUCACGAUGGUUGUUUCAUUGCUUCAUUCUGUGUUUGACUUCUUGGCAUUCAAGAAUGAUAUCCAAUUUUGGAAUAAAAAUAAGUCUAUGGAAGGACUCUCUGCAAAAUCUGUCAUUGUGAACUUUAUAUGUCAGCUCAUUGUCUUCCUAUAUCUACUUGACAAUGACACAUCCUGGAUGAUACUUGCAAGUUCUGGAGUUGGUUGCUGCAUUGAGUUUUGGAAAAUAGGAAAAGCUAUGCACAUAGAGAUUGAUAGAAGUGGAAAGAUACCUAUGUUGAGGUUCCGAGAUCGUGAGUCAUAUGCAGGGAAUAAGACUAAGGAAUAUGAUGAUCUGGCAAUGAAAUAUUUGUCCGGUGUGCUUUUCUUCCUUGUUAUUUGUUCCUCUAUCUAUUCACUUAUGUAUGAGCGACAUAGGAGCUGGUAUUCUUGGAUUCUUUCCUCAUUCACAAGCUGUGUGUACAUGUUUGGUUUCAUUAUGAUGUGCCCCCAACUGUUCAUUAAUUAUAAGCUUAAGUCUGUGGCUCACCUACCCUGGAGACAAAUGACAUACAAGUUCCUGAACACCAUCAUUGAUGAUCUCUUUGCCUUUGUCAUAAAAAUGCCAAUGCUACAUCGGCUUUCUGUCUUCCGUGAUGAUCUUAUAUUUUUGAUAUAUCUAUACCAAAGGUGGGUUUAUCCAGUGGACAGAUCACGUGUAAAUGAAUUUGGUUUUGGUGGUGAGGACGAUAAGCCUUCUGAUGGUUCAGAAACAGAUGUCACUGUUAGGAAGGAGGAAGAGAAGAAAACCAAUUGACCACAAAAACAAGCUGAUAAGAAAAGCAAAUGAGCAGUUGUGCUUGUGGUGUAAAAUUUGAUUAGGUGGUAUAACUUAUAACUUCUUCCAUUUUUGUUUUAGAUAAUUACAUUAUAAUGAUACUUUAGAAGUAUUUUAUUAUAGGCGAUAGGCCAUAUUCCAUUCCUUUGUUUGAAGAAUUGUAUGAAUCAGCUGCUAGAGAAACUGUUUGAACUGUCUUAAAGGAUUCAGUCACUGGGCAGUUUCUGAUACGCAGCGUUUUGGAGGAAUUAAGUUGAAAUGUUCUUAUAUUGUUUUUA